CGCGAAAAACCGGACCCAUCUAACAACAUUGCAGUUGGAACAGAAUAAAUCGAGACUCACGACACAAGUUUUAUCUUGUAUCAUUUUUCCCAAACCUUGAGUAAUUUCGACGUCGUCAGCAAAUCUCUCACACCGCGUUUGCGCCAAUCCAUCAUCAAAGAGCUAGUUUUUGUGAUUCAAAAAGUCCAUCGAGUGAAAUCAUGAUUGACGACGUAUUAUUAUUGGUAUUAUUGGUAUUAUUGGUAUUAUUAUUCACCAUUGCGUAUAAAAGGAUAACAGGUUUUCAUCCAAAGAACCAAGUUUACCAAAAGGUCUGCAACCACUCGAAAGAACAUCCUCGCAAAAGAAUUACAAUCGUACAUGAUCAAGAUAGAAGAUCGCUUGAGUCUGAUUCAAAGAGCGAGAAAUCCAAUAAAUCCGCCGACGCCGCCGUUACCACUAUCUCCACCGCCACCACCGCCGUCGCCGCCGUCGCCGCCGUCGCCGUCGUCACCGCCUGCGCCCUUCGCCUCACGCAAAAUCCGCGGAAAAAAUAAUAAAAAUAAAAUCUUUUUUAAAACUUACCACCCCCGCCGCCGCCGCCACCUGCUACUGUCACUAUUGUUCCAUAUGAUGAUGACGAUAAUGACAAAUGGUAUGUCAUACCAGAUUCAACAACAAUGUUAUUUGGGGACAUUGACGGGUAUUCUUUUUACAUUUUAUAGUUUUAUAUGUACGAAGCAAUAUGUCUUUAUAAGUAUUAUUUACUAUACGUAUUUUGUAUUAAUAAGUACUACAUAUUUUUCAUUAAACAUAUUUUUUGUAAUUUCUUUCUUACGCGUACUUUUAUAUCAAAUGUCUUUAUAACUGUUAUACUUCACAUUGCGUAUGCGAUGUCUUAUAAUUCUUAUACACGUUUACAAAUUUGAUAAUUGUAUACCGAGGACAAAGGCAGAAUAAAGGAAAAAAGUAUUUAUAAUUA